CCCCAGGUCCGCGCCUUCGGUCCCGGUCUCCAGGGAGGCCUGGCCGGGGUUCCGGCCCCGUUCACCAUCGACACCAAAGGCGCCGGCACGGGCGGCCUUGGCCUGACCGUGGAGGGUCCCUGCGAGGCCAAAAUCGAGUGCCAAGACAACGGCGACGGCACCUGCUCCGUGUCCUACCUGCCCACCGAGCCCGGCGACUACAACAUCAACAUCCUGUUCGCCGGCGCCCACAUCCCGGGCUCGCCCUUCCGCGCCCCCAUCCGGCCCAAAUUCGACCCGUCCAAGGUCACCUGCGAAGGGCCCGGCCUGGAGAAGGCCACGGCCGGCCAGCCGGGGCGRUUCCGCGUGGACUGCAGCCGCGCCGGCACGGCCGAGCUGACCAUCGGCAUCGCCUCGGAAGCCGGGGCACGGGCGGAUGUGAGAGUGGAGGAGAACGGUGAYGGCAUCUACACCAUCGCCUACACGCCGCGCAGCGCCGGCGUGCACACCGUCACCGUGGAGUACGGCGGGCAGCCCGUGCCGCACUUCCCCAGCACCGUGCGCGUGGAACCGGCGCCCGCCGCCGUGGAUACGGCCGGGGUCAAGGUGUUCGGGCCCGGCGUGGAGGGCAAGGGUGAGUUUGGGGCCGUCACCGAGUUCGAGGUGGACGCGCGGGCGCUGACCAAGGCCGGCGGUGGCCACGUCAAAGCCGUGGUGUCCAACCCGUCCGGGAACGUCACCGACACCUUCGUGGAGGAUCGCGGGGACGGCACCUACCACGUCGAGUACACACCCUACGAGGAGGGCCUGCACACGGUGGAUGUGACGUACGGGGGGUCCCCGGUGCCGCUGAGCCCGUUCCGUGUCGCCGUCACCGAGGGCUGUGACCCCACCCGGGUUCGAGUGCACGGCCCCGGAAUCCAGAGCGGCACCACCAACCAACCCAACAAAUUCACCGUGGAGACCCG